UCUCUUUCUUUCCCACGCCCCCAAAACAAACCCAGAAACCCUCCCCCCCCCGGCUCUCUCUCUCUCUACUCUCUGGUCACUAGUCUCUGUCUCUCACUUCCCCAGUUAGAUACUGACCAAAAAUCAGCAGCAGGAAGAAGGCAAAAGAGAAAUAAAGAAAAGGAAAAAAAGGAUAGAGACGAAAGAAAAGAAGGAAAGGAAAUAACGUAAGUCUAGAGAGAAAAAUCCCGGUUCUGGAAUUAUCAGACAGUGUGAAAAAAGAAUAGUUUGGUUCUUUUCUUCUCCGGCAUGCUUCCACAACAAACCCAGCCGGAAUCCGACCGUCCGGCAACGACCAUCCAGCCUUCCUCUCCACGCUUCCCAUUCUCUGCCUCGGGAACACCCACAUCAGGCGCCCACCGUAAGAUCGCGAUCGCCGUCGAUCUCAGCGACGAGAGUGCCUUCGCCGUAAAAUGGGCCGUCCAGAACUACCUCCGCCCAGGUGAUGCCGUGAUUCUACUCCAUGUUCGGCCCACUAGCGUCCUUUACGGUGCUGACUGGGGCUCCAUUGACCUCUCCGUCGAAACCGACGAGGAGUCACAGCAGAAGCUCGAAGAUGACUUUGAUGCCUUCACUACCACCAAGGCUACCGAUCUGGCUCAGCCCCUAGUCGAAGCCCAGAUCCCUUUUAAGAUCCAUAUCGUGAAGGACCACGACAUGAAGGAGCGGCUUUGCCUGGAGGUUGAAAGGUUAGGGUUGAGUGCGGUGAUUAUGGGCAGCCGAGGGUUCGGUGCCUCCAAACGCACCAGCAAGGGACGCCUCGGCAGCGUUAGCGACUACUGCGUGCAUCACUGCGUCUGUCCCGUGGUUGUUGUUCGGUAUCCUGAUGAGAAAGAUGGAGCUUCUGCUGCAGCUGAUGCCGCUGACUCUGAGGCCGCAGCCAAGGCGGCUGCGGUGGAUAAGGAGGCCGAGCUUCAUCCUGUCCCAGAGGAGGAGCAGGAGUAUCACGAUGCCUCCGACGAACAUAAAGAUGCUUAAGAAGUUCUUGGGUCAUGGUGUGAUCCUCCAGAAUCCAGAGAAGUGAAGACCCUUUGAGUAAUUGGGGGGAAGGAAGCUGAGAUGUUUGAAAAUUGACGAGAUGUUCUUACUGUAGUGGAUUCAUGCCAUGUAAAUUGGACGUUGGUAGUGUUUUUGUUGUAUCACUGUCUCUACUUCCUUGUCAAACCUCUCAAAUAUAUGAACUGUUGGAUGAUUGGUGAUGGUAUUUGUAUGGUUGAUGAGUUCCUUUGGAUUCUUGUAGGUCUUUUAAACUCUUGAGGAAAAAGGUUUUACUUGUGUUGUGAAACACCA